AUGCAUAAACAUACCACCGCCCUGCCUUCUCUCCCACCGUCCGCACCCCACCCUGCCGCACCCCACCCUGCCGCUCCCCACCCGAACCCCCUGUACCUCUCUCUCACCAUGGCCUUCAUCGCCCCCCUCCCCGCCCGCCUCUCUGCCACGCCGUCGCGGCGCACGCUGUCUUCGCGCCGCCCGGCCAUCCGUGCGCCGCCCUCGCGCGCCGUGCGCAUGACCGCCACGAAGCUCACGCAGUUCGACUCUCUGUGCGCCAUCACCACCAUCGUGGAGGACACGGGCGAGAUCGACAAGAUCCGUGCCCACCGCCCGCAGAGUGCCACCACCAACCCGUCGCUGGUGGCGGCUGCCGCCACGCAGCCGGAGUACGCCGCGCUGGUCGAGGAGGCCGUGCGCUACGGCCGCGAGUCCGGACUCAAGGGCCCCGACCGCCUCGCCCUCGUGCGCGAUAAGCUCUUCACGCUCUUCGGCGCCGAGAUCCUCAAGUACGUGCCCGGCGACGUGUCCACCGAGGUCGACGCCCGCCUCUCGUUCGACGCAGAUGCCCAGGUCGAGACCGCGCUCCGCAUCAUCAAGAUGUACGAGGAGGUCGGCGUGGACAAGGAUCGCGUCCUCAUCAAGCUCGCCACUACCUGGGAGGGCAUCGAGGCGUGCAGGGAGCUCCAAAAGAGAGGCAUUAAGUGCAACAUGACCCUGCUGUUCUCGCUCGCGCAGGCUGUGGCCGCCGCUGAUGCAGGUGCUUACUUGAUCUCGCCCUUUGUCGGCAGGAUUCUGGACUGGUAUAAAAAGGAAGAGGGUGUUGAUGGAUACCCUGCCGAGGCGGAUCCGGGUGUCAUCUCGGUCCGCCAGAUCUAUGACUACUACAAGUGCAUGGGACACGACACCAUUGUCAUGGGUGCUAGCUUUAGGAACAAGGGCGAGAUUCUCGCGCUUGCCGGCUGCGAUCGACUCACCAUAGCGCCCAAGUUCAUCGAGGAUAUGAAGGACACCGACGAGGUCGUCGAGAGGAAGCUCUCCCCGCCGGGUGGGGAGACCUGCAAGCCCAUGGAGAGGAUCCAAAUGGACGAGAAGGUCUUUAGAUGGAUGAUGAAUCAAGAUGCCAUGGCUACUGAGAAGCUCGCCCAUGGAAUCCGAGGCUUUGCCGCCGAUUUGGAUAAGCUUGAGGCCAAGCUUACCAGUAUGCUCGACAUGUAAACCGCCUGACAAUAUGCAAAGGAAAGGAGAGAGAACGUCUGCCGCAAUAAAUAUCGUGUAACUCUGCCA